ACAGGACUCACAGCUGCAGCCAUCUUCCCCAUCUCGCGGGCUGAAUGCUCUGACCCGGAAGCAGAUUCCUCUGCGUGUGCUCUGGCAAGUUCUUCCGGGGUCACGACUCUGGGUCUUGGAGGAAUUUUCAGUCUAAAGAUGGCAGCCUCCGUAGCUAGGGGUGCUGUAGCGAGGGGUGCCUCGGCGCUGCGUGCGAAGGUCACUCCGCGGGUUGCUUUUGUCAGGAAAAUUCCUUGGACUGCAGGACACAAUGAGCUGAGAGAACACUUUGUUCAGUUUGGCCAUAUACGAAAGUGCAUUCUUCCUUUUGAUAAGGAGACUGGCUUUCAUACAGGUAUGGGUUGGAUUUACUUUUCUUCAGAAGAAGAGCUUCAGAAUGCACUGCAACAUGAAAAUCAUGUAAUCGAUGGAGUAAAAGUCCACGUUCAAGUUCAAAGAUCAAAACUUUUGCAAGGGGAUCAAACAUCUGAUGAAGAUUAAGAUUUCUGGGAUGUUUACUACCCAUUAAUUAAAUAAACACAAAAACACAAAAGAGAAUUUU